UGUUUGUUUGACUGUAACCACAGAAACAUCCGGUGGAUGAUUCCUGCUGCCGAGCGUUUCCACAUCCGGCCGGUGAACGAAGCAGGAGGCGGAGCCAUGAUCGACCUGAGCCACCUGACGGAGGAGGAGCAGAAGAAGAUCAUGACGGUGCUGAGGCGGGACGCUGACCUGAAGCAGGCCGAGGAGGAACGAAUCAGGAAGCUGGAGAAAGUACUGAGCAGCGGGUCGCAGCCAGAGGGGAAGAUGAAGUACCUGACCGGAGAGUGGUUCUACGAGGCCAAGAGCCGCAGACACAUGGACAAGAUCCAUGGCUCGGAAAUCAUCCUGGCCUCCAUGAAGCAGAGGAGAGACGGGUCGCUCAGAUCUGACAAAUCCAGAACACCCAGCAGUCGAGGCUCCUCCGUCGCUCCACCUAAACCCAGCAGGUGUUUUGAGGCGUUGCAGCCAAAGGAGAUAAAUGAUGCUGAGAAGGAGAAUCUGAAUUCAGCAGUCCGCUCCCCGAGAACACCAAGGCACAACCCUUUCAACUAUACUUCUCUUAUCGUUGUUGAGCCACCUCAAAGUAAUAAUGACAAGUGGAGCAGUCGGGACCAGGACUCGCCUGAGACAGAGCUCAUAUCUCCUCGGAAGAUUCGCCCUGGGGACGAGGCCAGCCAGACUUCAGGGGGCUCCAUCAUAUCAGAGAGCUCCUCUGCAGGUUUCAAACCAGUGCCAAAGAAGAGGACGUUUCUCUCGAGACGUUCCAGCGGCCAGUUAGAGAGCACUGGCCCUGGUGUGGUCGCUCAGGGAGGGUUUUCAGGGAUCGUUCCUGCUCCAAGACGUAGCCUCCAGCGCGGGUCAAGCGGGAGCUCGAACCAGUCGUAUCGGAAUCAAGAGGAAAUGCCUCAGAGAAGUGAGGUUCCAGUGUUUAACCAGGUGUCUCAGCCAUCCAGCUCUGCAGAUGAGACCUCCCAGCAGCCACUGUGUGACGUUUCUCAGGUUUUCUCUAAUUCCAGCCUAGACAGGGACAGACACCCCCCAUCUAUAACCAGAGACAGACUGACCACAUUCACCAGAGGUGACGUGGCCACUGAGAGAGAAACCCGGCAGAGGAGCGAAGACGGAGACCAUCAGACCCGUAGAGAACUCGCAGGGGGGGAAACUGUCGUCCUGCACAGCAGCAGCAUCCAGGGCUCGGACAGAGAAAUCAACAGCAGCGAGGGAACCAGGCCGGAGGAGCUGAGUUUUACACGAAGUAUUGCGGAUGCAGAGCCCCCUAUAUCUUAUGAUCUCAACUACAUCGAUAAAACUGAUGAAACAAUGAAGAAAUCCGGUCAGAAACACGCGUUCAAGUUAUCCACUCAGGCGACCAGUCCCACCAGCGAUGAGGACUCCAUUGCGAAGGUGCUGGACUGGUUCAGCCGCAGCGGCGACAGCAGCGAGUUGCUGAGUACAGACGACUGCACAGAGGCCACAAAGAGCUCAGACAACCAUGUAGAAAGCAAAUUAAGAAGUGAAGAUACAACAGAGAGAAAGAAGGACACUCUCGAAACGCAGAGAGGUCACUUACAAAGGCAGAUUAAUGAGGGCAAAGAGUUUCGAGCCCCGGACAGAGCAGGCAUGACGGAGUUGAGUGAAACACAGGAGGAGGUGCAGAGGGAAACAAGGGACAGAAUGCUGUCAAAGGAAGUGAAACAUAAUGACGAUGAAAGCCAACCACUAAAAAUCUCUCAUCUGAAGUCAUUCUGGGAGAAAAGCAACAUGGGCCCGAAAAUACUUAUCAGGAAUCCAAUCACACCAAGCGACGAAGGACAAAAACUUGCUUAUCUCUCGGCGGAGAAGGAGGAGGCGAACGUCGACACACCCAGCACGACAUCGGACUCGCCAUCUGCUCCUGGAAUACACAACGGGAGGGGGGUUUAUGAUAAGUAUGUCUCGAAGCAUGGGGACAAGAGAGAGCAGAAAGAUGAUACAGACAAUGUUCACUUGAAUAAUAACCAGCAGGACCAUUCUUUAUCUCAAAGGAAUAAUAAUGACCCAACAUAUAACUCUGAUUAUUUUAAAUUGCUAUCCAGCCCACAAGCAGCUGACAGAGGAGGCUCAGACACUGAGAUUUUAACCCGACUCAGGCCACAGCCAAGGACAGAAUCCAGACUGAGUCCAGAGUCUGAGAGCAUCUCUCCAUUCAAACUAAAUUCACAGCCCGACAGUUUCUUCCAAUCAAGAGAAACCCCUCUGCAGGAAGAGCUGUCGAAACCCGAGUACAAGCAAGGGGGCAAUGAUUAUAAAGCACAACUUCGAAGAGGCUCGAGUGAAGAAGUGAAAAGGAGGGAAAGUGAAGAUAAGAACAUGCAAUCGAGCAUGUCUCCAAAGAGAAAAGACAAUGUGUCCAAUAAAGACAAAACUAACAGUCCUCAUUCACACAGACAAGGUUCAUCAAAUCAGGAAAGUACAGCAGAGAAGAUCAAGCAGCUCAAAUCUUUCUGGGAGCAGGAGAGGAACAAGCCCAUUUUCUACACUGGCAUGUCUAAAUCUCCUGGGGAGGGUAAAGUCACACGUGGUGCAAAUCAGCUAAAUAAAAGAUUUACAAAGUCCGAGUAUGAUCUGAGGUUAGUUGGGAGUGAUUCAGGCAGCGAAGACGAAGACAAAAAUAGGCAAAAUUCGACCUUGCCUUCUUUGAAUCAAAGGAUAGAUAAGUUAUCGCCGAGCCUCAGCGCGAGCCGAUCGCAGUUCAACAAUCUCCGUGAAUUCUGGGGUGAUUCUGCUUCAGAUACGAAAGGAUCGAUAACCGCCGACAAACCCAAAAGCCCCAAAAGGAAAGAGCCAGUGGGAAGCCAGUUUCCAUCUCAGGAGGUUAAGAGCAGCGAGGCCGAGAUUUACUGUUUGUCUGCAGCUGUCGAGAAAACAAGACCGGCUGCCAUAAAGCCAUCUCCACAGAACCGAUCCAAGUCGCCACAUGAUAGACAGAUGGGGUCUGGGGCAAGAGCCCUGAUCGACAGCAAAAACAACCCGUCUAAUUAUGCGACAGCUGAGUCCAAAAGAGGCUCCAAGGACUCUGGUCGAGAGGAGAAAUCCUCGAAACCACAAAGCAGCACAGGAAAAGAGCCUCGGUCUCCAAAGAGCAGGCAAGACACCUUUGGCAAGUCCAGCAGUCGUGGAAGUUCUAUGCGUCGCGCCACCAGCAUGUUCACGCUGAGCGCUCCUGACCAGAAAGAUCAAGUCCAGAGGAAAAUGGAUGUAAGCCCCGUCCACUCCCAGAGCAGGAAGCAAAGGCAGAACACGGAAAAAGGGGCCAUAACACUGAGACUGUCGGAUGGACUCGAAACUAUGAGUCCACGUGCACGGGCGUUUGUUCCCAGAGACUACCGGCACUACUUGGGCAUGACGGACAAGAACAGCGUUCACACCUCGCUCGCACCGGCUUUGAAGAGCGAGGGCUCAGAGGGAAAAUCCGGGUAUGACUUAGACCUGAGCGGUCCAGUGAGAGCCAGCACCCCGGUGAGUUCAGAGGAGCGCUACGGCAGGAAGGGCAGCAAGACGAGUCAGCGCCCCCCGUGGGCCAACUACAGCAGCUCGGAUACCGGCCCAGAGUCAUCUAUGAGCAGCACGUCAGAAACCUGGUCCAGGAACAGUUCAAACCCUGAGUGGCAGCGUUAUGACCAUGUACAACGCAGACUUCGGGAAUGUGGAGGUUCAAGGAAAUAUCCAGUUUUCCAUCAACUACGUUCAGAAGCUCCGAGAGUUUCACAUCUUUGUGGCCGAGUGCCGAGACCUGGCUGCCGUCGACCCGAAGAGGGGGCGCUCGGAUCCGUACGUCAAAAGCUACCUGGUACCUGACAAAUCAAAUCUGGGAAAGAGGAAAACAUCUGUGAAAAAGAAGACGUUAAAUCCGAUGUUCAACGAGAUCCUCAGAUAUCGGGUUCGCAUGGAGUACCUCAGGACUCAGACGCUCAUUCUCUCCGUUUGGCAUAACGACACGUUUGGCAGAAACAGCUUCCUCGGCGAGGUCGACAUCGAACUCUCCAAGUGGGACUUUGACCACACCCAGAUGAACGACUCAGUCCUGAAACCCAGGACUACACCCACUCUACCACCAGCAAAUGGGAAAGGAGAGAUGAGACUAGCCAUACGGUUCCUGCCACAGGUCACCCACAGUGAAGGUGUAACUAAAGACGGUCCCAACACUGGAGAGGUUCACAUUUGGGUGAAAGAAUGCAAGAACCUGCCUCUGAUCAGGGCGACCAUUGACCCAUACGUUAAGUGCUUCAUGCUGCCAGACACGAGCAGGAAGAGUCGGCAGAAGACGCGCGUGCUGCGGAGGACCGCGGAUCCGGUGUUUAACCACACGAUGGUGUACGAUGGCAUCAGUGAGACCGACCUAUCAGAUGCCUGCGUGGAGCUCACCGUGUGGGACCGAGACAGGCUGGCAAGCCACCUGCUCGGGGGAAUGAGGCUCGGAGUCGGCUCAGGGAAAAGUUAUGGAGCAGCGGUGGAUUGGAUGGACUCAACCCCCUAUGAGGCGGCCCUGUGGGAGCGCAUGAUGGCGUCACCUGAUGAGUGGGUGGAGGAUAUACUCCCGCUGCGAAUGGUGAACUCUGCAAAGGCAGCUUUCAAACACUGAUUUGAAUGCAGCAAGAAAAAUCUGAUGAAAUAAUGACUGGAGUGACAAUUUGGGAAUCAACCACGUGGCUAUAAUGUAACCUGUGGUGCCACCACCAGCCCUGUGGUUCCAAAUGCUUUCAUAUCUUUGUUCAUGCUUGAGUUGUUCCUGGAAAACAGAUAUUGGUACAUGUUGUGACCUUUUUAAAUGUUUUAGAGCAUGAAUGUCACUGGUCAUAAAAACAACCUGGAAGGGGAAAUGUAAUGUAGAAAACAAAUAUUGAUAAUGCAGCAAUAAAACCCAUUAAAACGUUUAAUAACUGACUUAUAUCUAACAAAGGUGACCAAUCACUACAAACAAAUAUCUUUAAAGCCAAUUUUAGGACCCUGAGUGGUCGUAGUUUGCUUUCUGUUAGAUAACAUAAUAUAAAGUAAGUUAAGAAAUGUGAUGGCAAACAAUCAAAAAACAUUAUUUAUUGAGACUUCUCAAGGAAAAAAACUCAAAUUCCACACUAAUGAGGAUUACAAAUAUUCAGCUCAUUUCAGGUCAGUUUUCCUACAUUUAAAUCCAAUCAGUCUUUACAGAUCAGAACUCAGUAUUUAUUUUCUCUAAUAUUUCUUAUUGUUUUAAUCCCAGCUCUGCGUAAUAUCGGUCUAUUAAGCUGUAAAUCUCCUUAAUUUUCAUAUGUCCUUUGUUAAUUAAUACUAAACCACUGGGUCAUGUAUUUUUGCUGCACUGGACCUUUAAGAAACCAACCCUCAGAGUAUAUGGUUUAUCUGUCACCACUCACACAACUGCCCACUGAAAAGUCUUCAUCUCCUUAUUUCUCACACUAACACGUAUUGUGACAGUAUUGUUCUAAAUGUAAUUUGAAUUUGACAGCAUAUCUGACACGUGAUGAGUUAUUGCACUUAAAUGUAUGAACCAUUAAAUAAAUUCAAUACAGGACGCCUUUCACAAAGUCUUUUAUACUGAUCUGCAAAUUGUGAUGAGCUCAAAUAUUUUGAAAAUCAUCAAUCGUAUCAGCAUUUAUUUGGCUGGACACGCACACGGUUGUACGUAGAGACUGGGGAAUCCUACUUUAUCAUUAUGAAACCAGACUGUGCUGACUUUCCCUCUAGCACCACCAUGAGCCCAAACAUCUCAGUGCCCUGAGUGAAACAUCCUCAAACUUGGGCCACAGAAUUAACUAAUUGUGAGACACGUGUGUUAGUGAUGAAGUGAUGUUUUAGAGAGUGUGACAGUUACAAGUCACAGUCGGUAAAGCAAAGAUAUACGUCAAUGAGUCUCGUAACAAAGUGGAAACUCAGAUUGUUGUUCUCCUCAAAUCCGGAGGCCAUUACUAUGUUUUCCCAUGAGCUCCACCCGAGUUUGUUUGUCACAUGUACAGUGAAGUGAAAGAGAGACGGGUCGUGUUACUCCACACAUCAAAGUACAGGAAGCCUGCUUGGAGUUAAGUGUCAGGGUAAGAGGAAGGUAUUAUAUACUGGGGUUAAAUAGGUGAUACUGACCCUUUAAAUAGAUCAUAAUAGGUGUUUAUGAACUGAUUUGUCCUUGCAUAACAUCAUAACGAGCAGUGAGUUUAACCUAAGAGGACACACAGGUGGAUUCCAAGUGUUUUGUCUUAUCAGUAAAAGGAUAUCACUCUAAAAAAUGUAUAUAUACAACACAGCAUAUAAAGUAAUGAUACAUAUUUAGAGAUCAGAAGGCAAACCACACAUCACAUUACCUGAUUUUCCUCACAUAUCCUUCAAACUGCCAUUGAAGCAACUUGGAAGGACAAUAAGUGAAUUACUUACUAGUUAAAUGUGUAUUGAACAACAAAAUUUAAUUUCAAUUGAAGUAUUUUUUUUCAUGCAUAUUAGUGUUUAGAUAAAUGAUGGUAAGAAAUGACCAGUUAGUCUUAAUUUUCUUGCGUCAGUUUUCCUAAUUUCUAUUUUUUAUUAGAGGAAUCCAAGUCACAAAAAUAUACUGAAAAAGUUAAGGUGAUGAAAAUCAGACAGUGCUGUAAUGGAAUUCUUAUCAGAGUCAUGAAUUGUAUGCUAAUGUGAAAAUCUGG